CGGCGUCCCAGCGCUGCCAUGGAGGGUCGCGGGAUCGAGAACCCGGUGUUUGAGCCACCCAGCCCCGACGCCGGCCGCCAGCGCCAGGCGAGCUCCGCCAAGGUAGAUGCCGGCAUCCCCGCGCAGUCUGGGGAGGGGCCCUGCGGUUGGGGCCGCUUUGCCCCUAGGGCUCUGCAGGUCUGCAACAACCCUGAGGGCUUCCUGGCUAUGUACAGCCUGCUGGCCAUCUUCCAAGGUAUGGUGGUAAAUGGCCUGAUUAACAUUAGUAUUUCAACAAUUGAGAAGCGUUAUGAGUUGAACAGUUCACUCACUGGCUUAAUCUCUGCAAGCUAUGAUAUUUCUUUUUGUGUAUUGUCACUGUUUGUGUCUUUCUUUGGAGAAAGAGGGCACAAACCGCGAUGGCUUGCUUUCUCAGCAUUUAUGCUAGGACUGGGCUCACUUACAUUUUCCUUACCACACUUCAGUAGUGGAAAAUACCACUUUGGAACUAAACUUGAAGACACAUGUCAAAUUCCAGGAACAAGGUCUGCUAACUUCACUUGCAGUGCCAGCGCAAUGUCUUCACUUUCCAACUAUCUGUAUGUCUUUAUCCUGGGACAGUUGAUGCUGGGAAUUGGAGGAACACCACUGUAUACUUUGGGGACAGCUUUUAUUGAUGAUAGUGUCCCAAAACACAAGUCUUCCCUUUAUAUAGGAAUUGGCUAUGCCAUGUCACUGCUGGGUCCUGCUAUCGGCUAUGUCUUAGGAGGACAGCUACUUAAUAUUUAUAUUGAUAUUGAGAUCCCAGAAAGUGCAAAGAUGGAUCCAGGUGACCCACGUUGGCUUGGAGCGUGGUGGAUAGGAUUUCUUGUAUGCUUUUUUGCAGUUUGGCCUCUUAUAAUACCUUUUUCAUGCUUUCCAAAAUACCUACCAGGAACAGCAAAAAUACAGUCUGAAAAGAUCUCUGAAACACAUGAUGAUGGAAGUGAGCUGCUUGUUGAGACCCAGAAUAUUGGAAAAAGUUUUAAAGACUUUCCCAUGGCUCUCCUGAUACUGUUGAAGAAUCCAGUGCUUAUGAGUCUAAUAGUAGCCAGUACUUCAGAAGCUUUAGUUGCCACAGGCUUUGCCACAUUUCUGCCAAAGUUGAUAGAAAAUCAGUUUGGGAAGACAUCAAGUUUUUCAGCAACUCUUGCGGGGCUUGUAUUAAUUCCAGCAGCAGCACUAGGCCAAGUCGUAAGUGGCAUCUUGGUUUCCAAGUGCAAAAUGGAUUGCAAAAGCAUAAUCAAGUUCAUGAUAGGCACUUGUUCAGUGGCCCUACUAUUAAACACAGUGUUUUUGUUUGCUAAAUGUGGGAAUGAACCUUUCGCAGGUGUCUCUGAAACAUAUAAUGGAACAGGCAUGCUACAAAACUUAACAGCACCAUGCAAUGCUAACUGCAGAUGUUCGCGAUCUAUGUACUACCCAGUUUGUGGCAGAGAUGGAGUCCAGUACUUCUCUCCUUGUUUUGCAGGAUGUGCAUCACUUGCUGUUAAUGAGAUGAAAAAGAUGUACCACAACUGUUCCUGUAUUGGGAAACCAGAAAGACAAAGUGGUUUAGAAGACUUCUUCUAUGAAGCUGUCUCUGGGAAAUGUCCAACACAAUGCAAACUUUUACCUUUAUUCCUGACCUUCUUCUUUUUUGCUGUUGUUUUUACAUUUAUGGCUGUUACUCCAACAACUGUGGCCAUUCUCAGGUGUGUGCCAGAUAAACAGCGCUCAUUUGCUCUUGGAGUGCAGUUAGUGUUUCUCCGGCUACUGGGUACUAUUCCUGGACCAAUUUUGUUUGGUGUUGCUAUAGACAACAGUUGUACUCUGUGGGAUAUUAACGACUGUAAUACUAAAGGAGCCUGUUGGGUUUAUGACAAUGAAAGAAUGGCUUAUCUGCUGAUGGGCAUAAGUGCUAUUUGCAAAAUCAUCACGAUCAUCUUCAUAGUCAUGGCAGUAUGUUUGUAUAAACCUCCACCAGCCAGUGCAGUCCUCUCACUAAAGGAUUCAGAAAUGGUGUCAGCCAUACACACAUAAAUCGGGAACAAAUGGGGCCUUUCAGAAGCAGCCAGUAAGAACAACACUUGUACCAAAGUUUGUGUUCCUAAAUAAAAUUUAAUUUGCCUAAAUAAAAAGAUCCUUUUUGAUUCUUGAACAACUAAAAAUAUUUGUGAAUCUGUUGUGUUCUCUAACUUGCUAAACAUGCUUUUUAGAAUUCCAUUGUGUACCUCCAAAGAAGUGACACUUGAAUCUGCAGUCUAAUUUUAAAUGUUUCACAACUUAAGUGAAACAGGGUGGAAUACUCGAUUAAAAAAAGAGGAAAAAUGAACUGGUAAUGGGAGAAAUCAAGUAACUUGAUAUAUUAAAGGGAAAUGUGAAUGUUUAAAAUGGACUUGUUUUAAUGUGCACAUAAUCUGGGCUAGUGCCUUAGUUGGGGAUUUUGACUGUAGAUACUGUAUGGCCAUGUUUUAAAGAUAUUUUUACAUGUUAUCUUCAUGCUAUAAGUUCACUUUUUAGUAUUGUAGAAAAAUGUAAAUAGUUGUUACAGGAUAGCUGUGUUUGCAACAGCAGCAUAUUUGUUAAUUUAAGUGCCUGAGUUUCUGUCUGUAAUAUAUAUAGAAAAUUGCUGUCCGGCUGCUGUCUCUAAACACUGUUAACAUUUUUCUACAAAUAAAAACCUAUUCUUUUACUG